GUCGUCUUGUUUUCAUUUUUUUAUAAAUAAAAACUCCACAAUACAACACACAACAACACUACCAACACACACACUCUCUCUCUCCUUCCAUAUUCUCCCUCCAUCUCAAACGGAGGUUAAUAUGCAAGACCUACGCCGUUACUCAAACGACAUAAUCCAACUCGACCUAGCCACCACCACCAACACCGCAACAACCACCACAACAACAACCAUGUCAAUGAAUUCAAACUCCUCUUCCUCCUUAUCAAUCGACAUCGACGAAUCAGCCGAAACUAAAAUCCACCGUCUCAUAACAGAACAUCCAGUCAUCAUCUUCACACGAUCUUCUUGCUGCAUGUGUCACGUCAUGAAGAAGCUUCUCUCAACAAUCGGCGUUAAUCCAACGGUCAUCGAAUUAGAUGAUAACGAGAUCGCUUCUCUUUCUCAUGAUGAUGAUGAUGAUCUUGCCUCCGUUCUUCGUAACCGUUCUCCUGCCGUCUUCAUCGGUGGUGCUUGCAUCGGCGGACUAGAGUCUCUUGUUGCUCUCCACGUCAGCGGUCAUCUUGUUCCUAAACUCGUUCAAGUCGGUGCUCUUUAUGUACGAUAAUUAAUCAAUAUCAUGUUCAAUUUCAAUUUCCCUCUAUUUUAUUUUCUUUAAUUUCUAGUUAAAUCAUAUCAAUUAUCGUUAAUAUAAAAUGUUUAUUAUUAUUAUUAUUAUUAUUAUUAUUAUUAU